AUGCCGUCCCAACAAUAUUUGUUCUUCUACUUCGACUGUGAAAGUGGGGCGAUCGACAGUGCUCAGCGUAUAGCUGUGCGUGCGCAUGCGACUGCGUAUAGUCACCGCGUAGCUCCACGAACAGGAUUGCGAGCAGCGAAGUACAAGCAGCGGAGGUAUCCCCAGGAGGCGAACGACACGAUUUUCCCGACUCCGUCAGACGAUAGUGGGGCAUCUGCAGCUUCUGUAUCUCGGAAGACUAUCCAUCAGAGCAGCCCGAAACUUUUGGAGACUCAACUACCACGAAGACCUAUGGUCGAGCAAUUGGCAGCCAUCAAAAUACAGCAGCCUGCGUUAGUCCAGUCGUACAGUCAUGCUAGUAAGCGCAUCAGCCAAGAUCUGACCAUCACCAGAGUCUUGUGUCCAGCGUCAGCUAUCAAAGAAGGAAUUGUGUUUAGCCGACCGCAGCCACUGCAAGUAUUGCAGAUACAGAGAUCUUCUGAAAACCGACUUGCUAGGCGUGCUAGAGUAUCGAAGGAGGGAACCAAAGAUCUAGAGCCCAAGACGUUUCGCUGUCUUAGCGAGGGUGGAGCGCACCAGCGAGGAAAGUCUGAGCUCCUGCGGGACAUUUUCAUCCUAGGUGCCACGUUGAAAGACCCGUUCGACACUUAUCCGGUGCCGUAUGAAGACUGGUACGGACCAGUACUUGACCGCUUCUACAAGCGCCUUACCCUCGGACCGCAAUUGCUGAAGCUGUCGCCAGCACAAAUCGAUAGCUAUAUCGAGUGGGUCCGCGCACUUGAGAUGUCACACGCCGCUGUUUUUUACACCUCGAUACUGCUGGCAACAGGUACGCCUAUUGCUACAGGCCGGAUGCCACUAAGCCAAGGGUUUCCCGUGCGUGGUCUUGCGGUGCAGGCCAUGAAGAAUGCGCUGAACGAUCCGGCCCAAGCUACGAGCGAUGCGGUAAUAUCUGCGACCGGUAAGCUCGCAUUACCUGAGCAUCUGUAUGGUGAUAGGAACACAGCCAACACCGUGCACCGGGCUGCGCAGAAAAGGCGAGCAUUGUAUUCCCUAGAGCUGCGUACUUUCCUACUGACAUUGACUAGGAUGAUCGACCUCCGCGGCGGCCGCCUGGAAAACCUGGGGUUCCCAGCAUUCGUAGUGCAGCUUAUGGUGUGGUACGACACGUUCAUGGCCAACGAGUCAGGCACAGAGCAUUAUUUCGCAGAGAUACCUCAGCGGACGGGCCUCAAGAAGUACAACGAGGAGGAGGCUUCUGAGGUUGUGUGGAGGUUGAAUCCAAAGCGGCUGCUGCACCCAAAAUUCUCGUGA